AUGUCUGCUGCCUACGAGGUGUACUCGCUCGAUAACGCUAUUGAUACGCUCUUCAAAUCAACGUCUGCUACUCGAGAAGCUUGUGAAGAGAAAGCUGCGAGACUUGUGGGAGGAAAAAUUAUACCCGUGCCAAUUCAAGGAUGCUGUAGUUACACUGUUUAUGCUGGCGCUCAGUCUGAGUUCGUUGUACAGUUUCGCCUAGAGCUGCUCCAGCUUCAACUCGAGAUCGCAGCUCUUGCACACGAGAUCCAUGGUAACCUAGCUCCUCUUACAACAUAUCACGGACAUCUUGGAGACAUUAAUGACCGACCGGUCUUCGUGUAUACCCUCAGCAGAAUUCCAGGUGUCAACUAUCUUGAGUACCAUCUUGCAAAUCAGCAUGCUGAGAACUCCGAGGAAAGCAUGGCCAUGCGAGGAGCUCUUAUCGAGGAUCUUGCUAGGUGA